AUGAGGCAUUGUGGCUUGCCGGAUGCCUCACUAGCUGCAGAAAUCUCGUUCAGUUGCAACGCACAACGCCCCGCCUGCAGUUGCUGCUUGGCUGCCGGCAAGGAGUGCCACUACUACACGAAACCUUCCGAGUCGCGGGCGCAUGCCCUGAAGAGGAAGCACAGCGAGCUGCAGCAGAAGGUGGAGUCCGACGCCACCGUGCUCGAGAUGCUCCGGUCCUCCAGCCCCGAGGACGCCCAGGAGCUCGUGGAGCGCAUUCGCCAGCGCCAAGACUCGCACAGCAUCGUGCAGGAUGUGCAGAACGGCGCACUGCUGCUUCAGCUCUCCGGGGCUGCCCCGGCGGACGUUCCAGGCAGUUACACCGCUGCUUCCCCCAGCUACUCGACUGAUGCUUCCGAGAGCAGCUACUAUACUUAUUGA